AUGGCCAUUCGCAUUGCUGACUCAAAGCUGAGGAUGGAACGAUGUCCAUUUAUUGAGUUGCAGACUCGAUCGGAAUCACCAACUCGGUGUCGAGCAUAUCGAAGCAGUCCCAGCAAUGCGCCCCUCAAUCUCUUCGUUUUUAACAGAACUGCCCAAAUGCAAGUGGAAGUAGGUGAAGGGCAGGACGGUUUCUGCUUUGACCGCCUUAGUCCAGGCACAACCUAUCACCUCUGUGUGGCAUCAAAUGACUGCCUGAAUGACUGGAAUUGUGGCACCUUUACAACAUUUCAAGAGACUUCUCAAAACACGUCUCUCUUUUCAAUGAACGUGUAUGUUGAGGGAGUUGAUUCUGAUUGGAUCCAAUUGAGUUGGCCACCUCCAAAUGUAAGAACACCUGCCUCGCCACCGAUUGGCUAUGUCAUCUCCGUUCGCAGGUAUAGGGCGUGCUGGGAAAGGGCAGUGUUUGUGUCUGCGCCGUGGAGCACCGAACAGGAAAGCGUCUUCAUACGCCACUCGGCUGAGAGGCUGGCAUCUGCCCACAGCUGCAAUGCCCGAAGAGUGAGUGUGGUGGAGGGACAAGUGGAUGGGUAUUGGCCCGACUUUCCAGGCUCGCGACGAUACACUUGGGUUGAGGGCUGGAACCGUGCUGAUGUGGACGAGCAGGGUCCGCUGGGCCUGUUUGCUGUCACAAUGACAAAUCUGCAAAGCAACACGCUCUACAACUUUGACGUCACACCGGUAUUCUACCCCGACCUCAACGUUCCUCCGCAGAGCGCAAGUGUAGAAGCCAGAACAGCCUCGAGUAGCUCGAAUGCUGUUUACCGAGUUAAAAUAACCUCAAUGUACACGGGCUUCUUCCAGAAGGUGCUCAGAACUCCUCCUGAUCAAUUGAAAUUCCAACCUCAAAUCAAAGCAACCGUCCUAUCAUCGAAUUUAGUCCACAUCAAUGUGUCCUAUCUCAAUCGUGCUGCGCCUAACCCUCUCGCCUUCAUUGUUCGUAUCUGCCAGACCAAGGACUACAAUCAAUGCAAACUGCAUCCACUUUAUUAUGAGGUCGUCAGUUCCUACAGUUUCUAUCAAAAUCGUUCUGUCUGGCAGGUGAACGAGAUGCGAAGUAGCGCUCACCUUAACGCACACAUUCGGCCACCAGACGACAAGAAUGUGCAAGUCUCUUUGUACGCGUAUCCCGGCGAUUCGUUCACAGGGGAAGAGCUUCUGUUAGGAUCCACAAUUUCAGCUACCCAUUCACAUGCCCUCCUCGGUUGCGUAACCGAUGUGGAUGCUAUGCAGGGAACAUCUUGGAUUGACAUGGAGUGGAAGAAUCCUAGGGAGCACCUCGCCUCCUCCUCCAAAUUCCUCAUCCUGGUCACCUCUCGCUACGAUGAAGAGGUUGGUCAGGUAUUCGUGGAGAGGAACUACCAAGCGGUACUACCGCCGUUCCUGCGUUCCGCAGUGCAAAGUCUUCAACACCAACAAGUCACCUACAUCACUGAUGACGUGCGGAGGGUCAACAUCACCAACUUAGCCCAGAACACGGAGUACAACAUCUCCAUUAUUCCCUACCUGUCGAACGGGCUCAUUGGAGCAGUUCUAGAAAGGACAGUCAAAACGAAAAUAGCGGCCCCCUGUCAGAUGGCGAAUGUCAGACUAAGACGAUCGGGCAGUAAUGUGACUCUGGUAUGGCACCUGGAUUUCAAAAGGACUUGCAGUGCACCAGAGAACCUUGUGGUAGGAAUAAGUGAGACAAGGCGAGACGUCAAACUGGCAUAUCCGUUCAACGAAGCCUAUUUGACGCACAACUUUGAGUUCUGCAGGACCUACCUGUUCAGCCUGCGUUUUGAGAGCCUUGGAGGCACGUUUACCUACCCACACGUUCUGUCCUCCGCAAUCGGAUAUCCAAGUAAGGAUCUGCCCAAAGGCGUGCUAAGUUUGCGAGACUGUUUCGAUAAUCUCAGUGUUCCCACCAAGACGCAUUCGUCUUAG